AUGGAUGUCGCAGAAAAUCAAAUAGGUGUCAAUAGGGUACGCGAUCAGUUGAAAGUCAGAUCUCAAAAAUUAUUUCAAGAUUUUUUAGAGGAAUUUGUCGAAGAAGGCUGUAAUGAACCCAAAUAUUUAGAAUCUGCUGUUGAGAUGACAAAUUCUGAACGUUUUACAUUGGAGGUUAGUUUCCUUGAUGUUGAAAAAUUCAAUCAGAAUCUUGCCAUCACCAUUCUAGAAGAAUAUUACAGAGUUUAUCCAGCUUUGUGCUUAGCUGUUGGUAAUUUUGUAAUCGAUCGAACUGAAGCUACUGGAAACCAUCUAGAUUAUUUUGUGAGCUUUGUAGAUGUUACCACUAGGUUCAAUGUAAGAGAAUUAACAACUGCCAAAAUUGGCGAGUUGGUACGUAUUUCUGGACAAGUUAUUAGAACACAUCCUAUUCAUCCAGAACUAGUAGCUGGACAUUUCACUUGUCAAGACUGUCAAACAGAUGUACCCAGUGUUGAACAACAAUUCAAAUAUACUCAGCCAACUAUAUGCCGAAAUCCAGUUUGUGCUAACAGAAGAAGAUUUAGUUUAAAUGUUAAUAAAUCUCGAUUUGUCGAUUUUCAAAAGAUUAGAGUUCAAGAAUGUCAAUCAGAACUUCCUCGGGGCAGUAUUCCACGAAGUCUUGAAAUUAUCCUGAGAAAUGAAAAUGUUGAAACUGUACAAGCUGGUGAUAGAUAUGAUUUUACUGGUACAUUGAUUGUGGUUCCUGAUGUAAGUGUUAUGUCCACACCUUCUGCCAGAGCUGAAUCUGCUUCUGGGCAAAAACGAGGAGAUGCAAAUAAUGAAGGUGUCAAAGGACUGAAAUGUUUAGGAAUCAGAGACUUGAAUUACAAGUUGGCAUUUUUGGCAUGCAGCUUAUCUGUAACAGGUUCAAGGUUUGGUGGAAGUGGAGAAAUGCACAAUGAUGAAUUGACUGUUGACUCAAUUGAACGUAUGAAGAGGCAAAUGACUGGACCACAAUGGGAAAAAAUAUAUGAAAUGAACCGUGACCGCAAUUUAUACAUGAAUUUAAUAAAUAGUCUUUUUCCUUCAAUCCACGGAAAUGACCAAAUUAAAAAAGGUGUUUUAUUAAUGCUUUUUGGUGGAGUGCCAAAAACUACAUUAGAAGGUACUACCCUUCGGGGGGAUAUUAAUUGUUGUAUAGUUGGUGAUCCUAGUACUGCUAAAUCUCAGUUACUGAAACAAGUGGCUGAUAUGUGCCCUCGUGCUGUUUAUACUUCUGGGAAAGCUUCUACUGCAGCUGGUCUUACAGCUGCUGUUGUAAGGGAUGAAGAAUCUUUUGAUUUUGUUAUUGAAGCUGGAGCACUUAUGUUAGCUGAUAAUGGUGUGUGUUGCAUUGAUGAAUUUGAUAAAAUGGAUAUACGUGAUCAAGUAGCUAUUCAUGAAGCUAUGGAACAACAGACCAUAUCAAUAGCAAAAGCUGGUGUUAGAGCAACAUUAAAUGCUAGAACAUCAAUAUUAGCAGCAGCCAAUCCUAUUAAUGGUCGCUAUGACCGAAGUAAAUCUUUACAACAAAAUGUAUCCCUCUCAGCUCCAAUCAUGUCUCGUUUUGAUUUAUUCUAUGUUCUUAUAGAUGAAUGUAGUGAGGUUGUAGAUUAUGCAAUAGCGAAGACAAUUGUUGAAAUCCACAGUAAUAUGGAAGAUACAACUGAAACAUUAUAUAGUCAAGAAGAUAUUUUAACAUACAUUGGUUUUGCUCGUCAAUUUAAACCCCAACUCACAGUUGAAGCUUCGGAGAAAUUAGUAAACGCAUAUACUCAAUUAAGACAGCGCGAUAGUCAAUCUAGUACAAAAUCAACAUGGCGUAUAACAGUAAGACAGUUAGAGUCAUUAAUUCGUCUUUCUGAAGCAAUGGCUAAAAUGGAAUGUUCAGAUCAUGUAACACCUAAACAUGUAUCUGAAGCUUUCAGUUUACUUAACAAGUCCAUAAUCCGGGUAGAACAACCUGAUGUAAAUCUAGAUGACGAUGAUGAUGUUUUGAGUGGAAUCCCUGAAACUGAUGGAAUGGAUGUUGAUUCUGUAGAAGAACCAGAAAAACUAGGUUUAACUAAAAAAAAAUUAACGCUUGCUUUUGAUGAGUAUAAACGAAUUACAAACAUGCUUGUUGUUUACAUGAGAAGUGAAGAAGAAAAACGAAUAGCGGAAAAAGGGGAGAGUGAUGAUGGUGGUUUAUUACGUAGUAGCAUAAUCAAUUGGUACUUAGAGCAAAUUGAAGAUCAAAUCAAUGACGAAACUGAGUUGUUAGAAAAAAAAAGUUUUAUUGAGAAAAUAUUGGAUCGCUUAAUUUAUAAUGAUAAUGUAUUAAUUGCCUUAUCACAACAAUCUAAAUCACAGUCCAGUGCCACAGAACAAGAACAAGAUGUUGUAGAUGAAGAUCCUAUAUUAGUAGUCCAUCCAAAUUUUGUGGCAGACCUUUAA